GAUCGUAGGGAGGAUCAUUCAUGCCUUGCGGCGAAGAGAGGAGAUUUUGAUCGAUUCCGGCUUGUGAGUAGAUCCAUUUCUAGAAUUCUAGCGAAGAGGAUUGUGGGGGCAAUUGGAAUCCGGCACGAUGAGUGAGAUGUUCCAGACCUAUGAGCGGCAGUACCAGGAGCUUGUCUCCGGUCUAAAGCAAGGCUGCGUCGCCGCUGGAGCUCUCAAUGAGGAUCAGAGGAGACCCAAAGUUCCUGAAUUGAAAACGGCGCUCGACGAAGGGGAUUCCCUGGUAACUGAAGUUCUCUCGCCAAGAAAGCUAGAUUCUCAUCGAUGGAUUUUCAGAUCAGGAGGAUGGAUCUCGAGGCGCGGGGGCUCCAGCCGCCGCAGAAGACGGCAUUCCUGGGAAAGCUCAAGAACUACAAGGCGGAGCUCACAAAUCUCAAGCGCGAAGUUAAGAUGAUGUCCAUGGGCGCUGGAGCGCGAGAGCAGCUCCUGGAAGGCGGCCAAUUCACGGUAAAUCCUUCCUUCUUCUUCUCGACCCUUCGUCUUGGGCGAAGCUCUUCGACUAAGUCCCAGC